AUGGAGAACAAAGAGGCCGGAACCCCUCUGCCCACCCCACCCAGGGAGGGGCGGCUGCAGCCCACGCUGGUGCUGGCCACCCUGAGCGCGGCCUUCGGCUCGGCCUUCCAGUACGGCUACAACAUCGCCGUGGUCAACACGCCGCACAAGGUCUUGAAGUCGUUCUACAAUGAAACCUACUUCGAGCGACACGCCACCUUCAUGGACGAGAACGUCAUGCUGCUCCUGUGGUCUUGCACCGUGUCCGUGUUUCCUCUGGGCGGCUUGCUGGGAUCGCUGAUAGUCAGCCUGCUGGCUGACCGGUGUGGCAGGAAGGGCGCCCUGCUGAUCAACAACGUCUUCGCCGUCGUCCCUGCCGUCCUGAUGGGGGCCAGCAAGGCGGCCAAGGCUUUCGAGCUGAUCAUCUGCUCCCGCGUGGUGCUGGGCGUCUGUGCAGGCAUCUCCUACAGCGCCCUCCCCAUGUACCUGGGGGAACUGGCCCCCAAGAACCUGCGGGGCACACUGGGGACCAUGACCGAGGUCUUCGUCAUCCUCGGAGUCUUCCUAGCGCAGAUCUUCAGCCUCGACGCCAUCCUGGGCAACCCCACAGGCUGGCCGGUGCUCUUGGCGCUCACAGGGGUGCCUGCCCUAAUUCAGCUGCUCUCCCUGCCCUUCUUCCCUGAGAGCCCCCGCUACACCCUGAUCCAGAAAGGGGACGAAGCCACAGCACGGCAAGCUCUGCAGAGGCUGCGAGGCCACGCCGACGUGGAGGCCGAGCUGGAGGACAUGCGAGCGGAGGCCCAGGCGGAGCGCGCCGAGGGCCGCCUGUCCGUGCUCAACCUCUGCACCUUCCGGGCGCUGCGCUGGCAGCUGCUGUCCGUCGUGGUGCUCAUGGCCGGCCAGCAGCUGUCCGGCAUCAAUGCGAUCAACUACUACGCGGACAUCAUCUACGUGGCCGCGGGCGUGGAGGCCGCUCACUCCCAGUACGUAACCGUGGGCGCCGGCGUGAUCAACAUAGUGAUGACCGUCGCCUCGGCUUUCCUCGUGGAGCGGCUGGGGCGGCGGCGCCUCCUGCUGGUCGGCUACGGCAUCUGCGGCUCCGCCUGCCUGGUGCUGACCCUGGCACUCCUCUUCCAGAGCACGGUCCCUGAGCUGUCCUACCUCGGCGUCCUCUGUGUCUUCGCCUACAUCUCGGGACAUUCCAUCGGGCCCAGUCCCGUCCCCGCCGUGGUGAGGACCGAGAUCUUCCUGCAGUCCUCCCGGCCGGCCGCGCUCGUGGUGGACGGCGCGGUGCACUGGCUCACCAACUUCAUCGUGGGCUUCGUGUUCCCGUCGGUCCAGGAGGCCAUUGGCGCCUACAGCUUCAUCAUCUUUGCGGGCAUCUGCCUCCUCACUGCUGUGUACAUCUACAUGGUCAUUCCUGAGACCAAGGGCCGAACGUUUGUGGAGAUAAACCGCAUUUUCGCCAAGAGAAAUGGGGUGGAGAUUCCAGAGGAGAAGGAAGAAGACACCUCCCAUGUUGGGACCAUGGCCACCAGGCAAACUUCCUUUUAG